CUUCACAAACCCCCGAAUAAUAAUACAGAAUGCAAUCAAAGGGCAACGGACUGCAUGCAGAACUGAUAGCUGAGAGUGAGAAACGCUACCUCAGCAAGUACGGAAAGCUACCACGUGGAGGCUUACUGGGUCAGAAAUCCAAGGAACGGAGCUACUUUGACUCUGGCGAUUACGCUCUUUCCGCCGCUGAUCGUGUAACCGACAACGGCGCUAUUCACACGGGAAAAGCGCAUCCACAUCGGGAGAGCAUUUCGCAUCCUUUUGCUCCUAUUCCAUCCUCUAGCAACGUUAACAAGGAGGCCACCGAUGAUUUGUAUAGGAAAAGACCGAGUCUGGAAGAGAGUCCUCUCCUCCAACAAACCAAUAGUGAAGAUGCUGAACCCCUCUAUAAAAAGGGACAGGAUGAUUCUGUGUCUCACGAAGCUUGAUACCCGAAUUUCGCGUUGAAAUUAGUUAUGAAUUUAGGAAAGCAUGGAAAUUCCUGAUCCACAAAAAAGGCCCUUGAGACUGC